AUGCCAAAGCAAGACUUCAAUCCACUCGACUACACCGGACCACUGGUCGUGGGAGCCAUUUUCUGUGUGGUGCUCUUUUUGAUCUCGUUCUUCGUGAUCAAUUUCUUCUGCAUCACCAAAUACGACGAUAUUACCAAAUUUGAAUUGAUGGGAGGAAGAUACGGUUGGCGCCUUGGACCACAUCCACUCGUCAUUGUCAAGAAGGGAGGAUUCGUUGCUGAGGAGGAUGUCGACGAUGCCGAGAGUGCAUAA